AUGAGAAAGAAAGAAGAGAACUGGAACAGUUACAACUCCAACAUGGAAGUGUUAUUGUCAAUGAUGUUAGGAAUUAUUUGUUUGUCAAUACUUACUCCUUCAUCAGCCCAAGAUAUAGUUAACGAGAAAAAUAUGCCGGCGUGUUGGGUAAACAUAACGAACUGUAUGCAAGAUCAUUUAGACAGGAGUGGAUCAGAGCCACAAUAUAAUUCAUCAAGCUCGAUGUUUAACUUGAGCGAGUUCCUGUGCUGCCCUCUCAUACAGCAGACUUCUCAGACAGAGAAGCAGUCUGGAUCACCUCCUCCAGAUGCUAUUGCUUCCGGAUCAUCAUCGUCUCCAAUUCUUACUUCAGGAAAACUCAAAAUUAUUAUUCCUGUUGCUGCAUCAUCAGUAUUCAUCAUACUUUUGGUAAUAAGCAUAGUUAUAGCACUUAAGUGUCGGAAAGGCAAGAAGAAGCCUGAAGAUGUAGCAAAUUCUCAAAGUGCAGGGGAUGUGCCUCCUCCACUUACAGAUGAUCAAAGUGUUAUAGUUGAGUCCUUGCAAUAUGAAUGGGAAGCCCUCAAGGCCGCCACUAAAAACUUCUCCGAUGAUCACAUGAUUGGUCAAGGGGGAUUUGGCAUCGUAUACAAGGGCACUUUACAAAAUGGACAAGAAGUUGCAGUAAAAAGGCUAUCAAGCGGGUCAUGCCAAGGUGAAAAAGAAUUUAAAAAUGAGGUUGCAUUGGUAGCCAAGCUUCAACAUAGAAAUCUAGUGAAGCUUGAAGGAUUUUGCUUGGCAAAGAAAGAAGAAAAGUUACUCGUGUACGAGUUUGUGGCUAACAAAAGUCUUGACUACUUCCUCUUUGAUGCUGAAAAGCAAAGACAAUUGGAUUGGCCAAAGCGAUAUGACAUUAUAAAAGGCAUUGCUCGAGGAUUGCUCUACCUUCAUGAAGACUCUCCCAUCCGAAUUAUCCAUCGUGAUCUCAAGGCAGCCAAUGUUUUGUUAGAUGAGGAAAUGCAUCCUAAAAUUGCAGACUUUGGCAUGGCUAGGAUUUUUGACGAAAAAACCUAUUGCCAUACAAGCAGAAUUAUUGGGACUUAUGGUUAUAUGGCUCCGGAAUAUAUAAUUCAUGGACAAUUCAACGUAAAAUCAGAUGUCUACAGCUUUGGCGUGCUAAUUUUAGAGAUUUUGAGUGGAAUAAGGAUAAGUGCCACGAGCUAUCAAUCAGGCAUGACUGAAAACCUUCUAAGCUAUGGAUGGAAAUGUUGGAAAGAUGGGAGAUCAUUGGAAUUUAUAAAUCCAACACUAAGAGACUCUUGCUCGAAAACCGAAAUCACGAGUUGUAUACACCUAGGUUUGUUAUGUGUCCAAGAAGAUAUGAGGAAGAGACCUAGCAUGUCAACUAUAGCUCUUAUGCUCAACUCUAAUUUCGCAGUUGGAGCUUUGUCAAUGCCCCAACCUCCUGCUUUCAUGUAUAGUGGAAAUGCAGGUCAAUCAACAAUGAGUAACACGGCUUCAAUUCCAUGGUCUAGUGGAGCAUCAACCAAUGACUCGAAUACUAUGUUGUGACAAAAUUAACAAUAUGUUAGCACAUACGAGAUUUUUUAUGUUUCAUAACCAUACCCGGUCUAUACCAUUUCAUAGCUCCUAGUUUUUCCUUAUAAGAAUGCUUAAAUUUUGCAUUUAUGUUUUA